AUGUUCGGCUAUGAUCAAGGUGUCAUGAGUGGCAUCAUUGGUGCCGACAAUGCUUUCGGACGAUAUUUUAAUAGCCCCGACGCAAACGCCCAAGGGAAUAUCACAGCCUUGUUCGACAGGGAUGAGCAGAUAGGUGCUGUAGUGGGAGCGAUCUUGAGCUUCAACAUUGGAGAGAUCUUGGGGCGAAGGAGGAUGAUAAUGCUUGCGGGCAGCGUCUUGAUCAUUGGCACCGUCAUACUUGCCAGUUCUACUAUCGUGGGCCAACUGAUUUCUGGGAGAAUUAUCACAGGAGUGGGCAUGGGUAUCAACUGCGCCACGUCGCCGGUAUAUCUUGGAGAAUGCUGCCCUCCCAAGAACAGAGGUGCUAUUCUAUCAAUCCAAGGCUUGAUAUCCAUUGCUGGUAUGCUACUCGGUAAGUCAUGCCUACUAUCACCCCAAAUCAAAGCAUCUACUAAUAACAACAAACAAGCCUACUGGCUCGACUUUGGCACCAGCUUCUACGAAACCGAUUUCCAAUGGAGAUUUCCUCUCGCCUUCCAGGGAUUCUUUGCCAUAUGUCUCAUCAUCCAAGUAAUUGGUCUACCCGAGUCCCCACGAUGGCUUGUGAUGAAGGACAGAAACCAAGAGGCUCAGGCGGUACUUGCUGCACUUCAUAACCUACCAGAGGACCAUACGGAGGUUCAACUCAGCCUUCAAGAAAUCCACACUGCGCAGGAACUGGUUUCUCGAGGAGGCCCAUUUCACUACAAGGAGCUCUUCACCGGUGGCAAACUCCAAAAUUGGAGAAGGACUGCCCUGACCGUCGGCAUCAUGAUCAUGCAGCAGUUUACUGGGGCCAAUAUGAUAAACUAUUACGCUCCAGUCGUCUACCAGAACACGAUGAAAAUUUCUCGACACACAUCUCUCAUCUUAGGUGGAUGUACGGCAGUAUCCUAUCUUAUUGGGUCGUUCAUUUCUCUAUUCACUACAGAUUAUCUCGGGCGCCGGCUUGUGCUCAUGUGGUCAUCUGCUGGCUUGUCCAUGUGCUUCGCCGUAGCGAGCAUCCUACUCUCCUUCGGCACAGUAGGCGCUGCAUAUGGUGCGGCUGCCAUGAUAUUCCUUUUCCAAACAUUCUUAGGGAUUGGCUGGCAUCCCGUUGCUUGGUUCUACCCUUCCGAGAUCAACACGACCCGUCUCCGCGGGCGUGCCACAGCGAUCACAGCCGCCUCGAACUGGAUGACUACGUUUGUAGUGGUCAAAAUUACACCAAUAGCUAUCGGUCAGUAUUAUUAUAUGUGCAACUCCAGAUAUCCCAAUAUUGGGUGGAAGACGUUUAUUAUUUUCGCAGUCUUAAACGCGUUGUGGAUUCCAAUCAUCUACUGCUUCUUUCCCGAGACAAAGGGCCUUUCUUUAGAGGACAUCGACCACAUCUUCGAGAAAGGUGGUAUCACCGGGGGCGUUCUUACAUCCAAGGGCGGCCGUACUGUGAUGCCUAACCAACACCGUCAAGAGGUUGGUUUGGAGAUAGAGGGGAAGGGUUUGGGUGGCCCCUCUGUGAUUCAUGUAGAGUCGUGA